GCACUACAUUGGCAAUCAUCCGUCUGAUUUGGCAAUGAUAGCAAUAAUCCGCGACACAUCGCAUUCUGCACUGAAACGUUCCAAUCAAGUUAAAGACUUUAAAAAUUAUAAUGGGUGACAUUUCUGAUUUGGAAGCAAUCGUGCAUAUCUCGACCGCCGGUAUGCCGAAAUCUCAGGUCGACGUUGUUAUGGGAGAGCAGUACAACCGCAAAGUACUUCAAUCACAUGAGAAAAACAUCGAAAACAUAUGGUCACAACGACUAACUCAGAACCCUCGCCUCUACAACGGUUCCAAAUUCCGACUGGACUCGUGGAAAUGCGAAAACAAUUCGGUAUUAACGCUGUAUCUGGGUCUGACUUGUUACCGGGACUAUCUGGCUACAAACUGGUCCCCUGACGUCAAACGUCUGCACCAGAUUGGGAAGAGAGACUACGGCAACCAGCAAGCAUACAUGUCUGAUCCGUUAGGCGUUGCCGCCAUGGUGCAAACAGCAGACGACUGUUUUAUAUUUAUACGUAGAAGCAACAAUGUUGGAGAAGCUGCUGGACUCUGGGAUGUUCCCGGUGGUCACCCAGAACCAGAGGUUUGUUAA